CGCAAUUUCGUUUCAAGUUCGGAGUCUCUCACGACGUACUAACAUUGGGUUUUGAUUCGGUAAGCGUUUGAAAUUGUAUUUUAUUUGUUAUACUGUUGGCAUGGACACGGAACAGCUGGAAUUUAAAAAACUAAAUGAACUGUUGAUUAACUGUAUAAAAAAACGUGAACGAAUCGCGCAAGGAGACGUUGCUAUUUUAAGAGAACUCGAAAAGAAAGAAGAAAAAAAACCGUUAAUCAAAGUAAAACUUUACUUUGAAGAGUACUGGGAUAGAGCUGGCCCAUAUCGUUUUGAAUGCUGUCCUGAAUGGACUGUAUGGACUGCCAAACGCAACAUAAAAAAGGCAUUUUCUGGUAGGAGGUACAGUAUAGACAACAUGUACUUGCUAUCGGGUAUGUCUAUUGCUAAGGAUCAUGAAACAUUACAGGACUGCGGGGUCUAUACAACAAAUGAUGUUUUGUGUGUUUAUAUUCAGCCUCCCAAAAUUAAUCCAAAUACUCCGCUGGUUGAUGUUGAGCCAUUUGAGACCCUUGAAACUGACAUUAAGCUCAUAGGUUUAGAAGAUAUUCCAGCAGAGGUUGUCGAAAAUGAUAUAGAAGAUGAAAAUCCGAUCUCUGUUGUUGAACCUGUAUCAAUACCAUCACAGGGAAGUCUUGAUAUUGUUGGCGCCACUGCUGGUGGUAAACCCGGUCAAAAUGAAUGGAUCUGCCGCCAUUGCACAUAUUUCAAUAUAAACAGUCUCACCAAAUGUUUAAUUUGCCAACAGCCUAACCUUGAACAGACUUCUGCUCGAAUGCCCACUAGAAGUAUACUUCAAGAGAACAACGAAAUAAAGAUUGAAGCAAACAAUGAUAGGGAAAAUAUGAGGCUGCAGAAUUACAAUCAACACUUGUCUGCUACGAGCAGGCAAAUCAUUUUCAGCCAAGAUGAAACCGAAUGCAUGAUUUGCAUGACCGAUGCACCACCUGGAGAAACAGUUAUUUUGCAAGAAUGCCUACAUGCAUUUUGCAAAGACUGCUUGGAGAACCAUAUCAUGUUAAAUAAUAAUGCUGAUGUAAGAUGUCCUUAUAUGGAUAAUGAUUACCAAUGUGAAUCACAGAUUCAAGAGCGAGAGAUCAGAGCAUUAUUGAUUCCUGAUGAGUUUGAAAAGUAUUUGUCUCGUAGUCUGUCUGCGGCAGAAAUGCAAACUUCCAACAGUUUUCAUUGCAAAACACCAAACUGUAUUGGUUGGUGUGAGUGUGUGGAUACUGUCAACACCUUCAAAUGCCCUGUAUGCAAUGCAACGAACUGUUUAAAUUGCAAAGCAAUUCACGAAGGAAAAGAUUGUCAGCAGUAUCAAGAUAGUUUAAAAACUCUGUCCGCUAAUGAUAAAAAAGCAAACAAGACAAUGGAAAUGCUUAAACGUUUAAUCAAAUCUCACAAAGCAAUGCAUUGUCCCAAAUGCAAUGUUGUAAUACAAAAAAAGGAUGGUUGUGAUUGGGUUCAAUGCUCAAUGUGUAAACUUGAAAUAUGUUGGGUGACCAGGGGUCCAAGGUGGGGUGAAGGGGGCCAUGGAGACACAAGUGGGGGCUGCAAAUGUAAAGUUAAUGGGGUAAAGUGUCACCCUACUUGUGUGAAUUGCCAUUGAUUUGUUUAUGUAUUUAACUUCUACUUUGUGAUGAAGAAAAAGGUGGUAGCAUUUCAUGUUUAUGUUUCACCAUAUGUACUGUAAUAUUUCAAUUUUUUCCUAUUUAAUUAAGCAUUUUUUUAAUAUUUUAUUAAAAAAAAAUAAUGAUAUUGAUUAGUAUUAUUCUAUCAAGAUAUGUGAAUUUAAAAUGCCAGUCAAUGUUUAAAUAUAUAUCAUUAUGUAAAAUGAGAUAAAGUUUCACAUGUAUUUUUCAAGUAUGGUGAUUAAAUUUGUUAUUUGUAUAUAACAUUGUCCACGGCCUACUAGAGAUAUCUCUAGUAGGCCGUGCAUUGUCCUAUAAUCUAAUAAUCUAUAGUUUUAAACAAACAUAAUUGUUGUCAUGUAUUAAUACACCUAACACACUUACAGUUAUUUGUAACUUUGAUAUUAUAUUCUAGAAUUUACUAUUAAACCAUUGUCUGUGUUUUUUAUUUUAAUAUUUUAUUUCAUAG